GUGGGAGUGCUGUUUGUCAGGCUCUUUAUAAGUGGUGCUUUGACUGCUUUCAGCUCGGAGUGGUUGGCUGUAGGUUGUUUUCGUUCUCGGAGCUGCUGCAAAACUGUACAUUAUAGCGGCACAGCAGACGGAUCCCCGGUUACAGAUGGACCAACCAGACCCGUCGUAUAUGUUUGCCAGUCUCACACGGCCUCACUCAGAGCAGCUGCUGCAGGGCCUACAGCUUUUGCGGCAAGACCAUGAACUUUGUGACAUUGUGCUCCGCGUGGGUGAUGCCAAGAUUCAUGCCCAUAAAGUUGUGUUGGCCAGCAUCAGCCCUUACUUUAAGGCUAUGUUCACUGGUAACUUGUCUGAAAAGGAGACCUCUGAAGUAGAGUUUCAGUGCAUUGAUGAAACUGCAUUAAAGGCUAUUGUCGAGUAUGCCUACACAGGGACUGUGUUCAUCUCCCAGGAGACUGUAGAAUCUCUUUUACCGGCUGCCAACUUACUUCAGGUCAAACUUGUACUCAAAGAGUGUUGUUCUUUUCUAGAGAGCCAGCUUGAUGCUGGAAACUGUAUAGGCAUUUCCCGUUUCGCAGAGACCUAUGGUUGUCAUGACCUGUGUCUGGCUGCAACUAAAUUUAUCUGUGAAAACUUUGAAGAAGUCUGUCAGACAGAGGAGUUUUUUGAACUGACAAGAGCUGAGUUGGAUGAAAUAGUCUCCAAUGACUGCCUUAAGGUUGUCACAGAAGAGACUGUGUUUUAUGCAUUGGAAUCAUGGAUCAAAUAUGAUGUAACAGAGAGACAGCAAUAUCUUGCUCAGUUGCUGCACUGUGUGCGCCUUCCACUUCUGAGUGUAAAAUUUCUCACUCGCCUGUAUGAAGCUAACCACCUCAUACGUGAUGACCAUGCCUGCAAGCACCUGCUCAACGAGGCUCUUAAAUAUCACUUUAUGCCUGAACACCGGCUCUCCUAUCAGACUGUUUUGUCUGCACGACCCAGGUGUGCUCCAAAGGUUCUACUUGCAGUGGGAGGCAAAGCUGGACUGUUUGCCACACUGGAAAGUAUGGAAAUGUAUUUCCCACAAACUGAUUCAUGGAUAGGACUGGCUCCUCUAAGUGUCCCUCGAUAUGAGUUUGGAGUAGCAGUACUGGAUCACAAAGUUUAUGUUGUUGGAGGCAUUGCCACACAUAUGAGACAAGGCAUUAGCUAUCGCAGACACGAAAGCACUGUGGAGAGCUGGGAUCCUGAAAGCAACACCUGGUCCUCUGUAGAGCGAAUGGCCGAGUGCCGCAGCACUCUUGGUGUGGUCGUCCUUGCUGGAGAGCUGUAUGCUUUGGGAGGGUAUGAUGGCCAGUACUAUCUGCAGUCAGUGGAGAAAUACGUGCCCAAACUGAAGGAAUGGCAGCCUGUACCUCCCAUGACAAAGUCACGCAGCUGUUUUGCCACAGCAGUUCUGGAUGGGAUGGUUUAUGCCAUUGGAGGAUACGGCCCUGCACACAUGAACAGCGUGGAGCGAUAUGAUCCCAGUAAGGAAGCCUGGGAAAUGGUAGCCCCCAUGGCAGAUAAGAGGAUCAACUUUGGAGUAGGUGUCAUGCUUGGAUUUAUAUUUGUUGUUGGUGGCCAUAAUGGAGUAUCCCAUCUAUCAAGCAUUGAGAGGUAUGAUCCCCAUCAAAACCAGUGGACAGCCUGCAGACCCAUGAAUGAGCCACGUACAGGUGUGGGUUCGGCUAUUGUGGACAACUACCUCUACGUGGUGGGGGGACACUCUGGGUCAUCUUACCUGAACACAGUUCAACGUUAUGACCCUAUAACGGACAGCUGGUUGGACUCGAGUGGAAUGAUGUACUGCAGGUGUAACUUUGGUUUGACUGCCCUUUGACCCAUGGCCCACUCAGAAAGGACUUGAAUAACAUGGUCACAAAGACUCUGUUUUGUUAUCUGCUCCUCCUUCCUUAGAUUCAUCUUUCAGGACGCUGACAUGAAUGCCUGAGGAAGAAAGCAGAACCUGCUGGGUACAAGAAUAUGACAAACUGUCUCUCUGGCAAAGAUCAUACUCAAACAGAUUGAAAAUCUGCGUUAGAGUGAAGAGGAAUGCACUAUGCUGCUGACCACCAGGGGGACUGAGCCAUUUUCCCAGAAGAUUGUUGGCACACUCCUAUGAUUUCAAAGUCGUGUGCAAACACAUUCUUUUCAUGUCAUUAAUCUACCUUUUCCUUCACCCCUGCUGCAACCAUAACAUUUCAUUUGUGUAUCUGACUCUUCAACAAUGUAGCGUGUAUGUAAUGAGCAUAUGCUCUGAUUUAAAGCAUGUUCAGUGUGUUUUUGUUGGGUCUCUAUUUCAAAACUGAUGCUCAUACUCAGUGACACAGUUAUGCAUCAAAAUCAGUGCUUCUCAAAAAAGAGAUGAGCUGGAGUCUUUCUAUUUCCUCUUAAAGGGCUGCCUUUUCUCUCCUUGUAUAUAGAUAAAUAUAUAGAUAAAAUAUAUACUCAUAGUGCAUUGCCUGUAAAUGUUUUCUGCACUGGGUCACAAGUGUAAAUGCGAAUGUGUAUGUGUAGUUUGAGGUAAAUGAGAAAUACAAAUCCUAGAAUACUAAUUUUCAGCUGUUAGUAAAAAGAUGUUUGACCUUUUUACUAAUAUUUGACUAUUGGUAAAGUCUGAUACUUCCAAGAUCAUUUGACUACCAUGUUUUUACACCUAAGGCCCAGCACGCACUUUUCACCAUUAUUUAAAUCAGGCUUGGCCUUUUUCACUGUUUGCUGUGUAUGCUCAACUCUGAACUGGUGCUAUUUUAGGAUUCAGGCUUCAGCUUUUUGUCUAUGUCAUCAUUGUCUCACAAUCAGGUAAUUUGAGCCGUUAUGUUUUGUUUCAUUAUGUAUUAAAAUGCAUCAAAGUCUCUUAACAGGGAAUUGCAAAUUACAUUCUUGUUUGAUUGCAUAUAUGUAUUCCCUACUUUUUUUGUUUUGUUUAUGUAAGUCAUUACAUUUUACUGCUUCUGCCAUUUGCUGAAUGUGGCACUAUACGGGCAUGAAAUUUUCUGUCUACAAUUUGUCUGUGCUUGGCUUUGUACAACAUGGCGCACCAAAUGUAUCAAUCAGUAAGAAUUAAUUUCAUGUUAAGUGCCAAACAGGUACAUCUUUGCAUUUCGCACAGUCUGAAUCUAGUCACUGGAAGCAUGAGCGGUCUGAUAAUGAACAAAGGUUUGUACUUGGCCAGCUCCUACCAUGUUCAUCCUUUGUCCAAAAAUGGAAACUGGCUCCUGGGAGGAGGAAUGCUUCUCUGGCCGGACUUGUGUCUAGUUUUGAGACCAACAGCCAAUAGUUCUCAACAAUUAUGUGCAUUGCUGAGAGAGGGCUUGUUAUUGGUCGUCCAGUUAAAUCAAUGUUGUAUGUUUUGUCCUUUUAUGUUGUUUGCACAGAGGUGUGGGUUCUAACCUCUACAUUGCACUUAACCAAACUAUUUGUUAGAAUUGUACAGUUUAGUUUAAAUGGCUGAUGGCAUAGGCUAUAGAUAAUUGCAAUAAUACUUCUGAGUUUGAUUUUGUCUCCUCCAAAGCCAAGGCAUGUGUGUAAUUCAAAAUGUCUCAUUGUCAGGCAUUUGCAUGUGUUCUGUUUUGCAUGUUUGUUUUCAUAUGUGUUUUUGUGUGUGCCACUAUAUUAAUGAGACCUAUGUUUUGUAAUUGACAAUUCAUUGUGUCAAUUUCUUUUUCUCUUCAAAAAUCAUUUCUGAAGCAGAGCUCUGAAUUUACAGUUGCCUUGAAAUUUAGUCGUUGCCAGUGUUGAGACCUAGAACAUGUUAACUGGUUGAUUGCAUGACCAUAUGUAAUGCAUUUCACCCUUUCCUUUAAACUGUAAAUCAAACGAUGUGUGUAAAAGUGAACAUAACUGCAAAUUGGUUAUGUUGUGAGCAUUAUGUCAAUUUUGAAUUCUGUUUCUGUCUUUGUGGUGCAUUUGAUUUAUGUCGAUAUAAUCGUGGCACAAAUUACGCAGGCGUAAUUCUGUGCCAUUAUGAGCCGAAUGUUGUGCCGUCUUGUUUUGAUGAUGCGUACCGUAUGAUCACCACUCAAGAGUCAAAGAGGCUGAUUAAAAUCUGAAAUCGUAAAUCUGCAAAAGGGAAGUUUGUACAGAACCUUCUUGUUAUGGCCUAACAAAUGUAAUGUUUUGUCACUACUCUCACCAAAGUGCUUGUUCAAAGAGCAGAUGGAUGAAUGAAUUAAUUUGAUUUAACUUUUAUUGUUCCUGUAAGCCAAACAACCACUCUGCUUUUUCUACACAUUCCAUUGUCUCAUUUUGUAACCUGUGGACUGAUAAUGAAAGUUCAUGAUGCCAUUGGGAAUCAAACCCUUUCACAUUGUCAUGUUUUACAUCUGUCAUUCUGUGUGGUGCAGUUGUACCCAGUUCAAUAAAGAAAUGCCUGCCUUUAAAGA